GCUCUCCUAUAUGAUGCUAUGAUUUAAAAUUUAACACUGCUAUGAAGAAGUAUAUAUAUACACAUACAUAUACACACACACACUUAUAUACAUACAUAUAUAUACACACAUAUACACACAUAUAUAUAGAUAUACACAAACACAUAUAUAUAUACACACACAUAUACAUACACACACACACACACACACACACACAUAAUUUUUACAUUGUUUUUGUACCAAUGAACCCAAACAAACGCAAAACCCAUUUCAAAAUUUUGCUGAAUCGGCGAACUAGGUUGUCAAACCCAAAUCCAAACCCGAAUUGGCAACUUAGCUUUUAUUAAAUAAUGGGCAAUUUUUGCAUCGGGGUUGCUGCCCCCAACAACUCCUAUUGGGCGCAUUACCCCCAAAUCGCUAUUGUGGGCUUCACCCUGGGCCCCCCUUGGGGGGAUACACCCUCAGGCCCCACAAGAGGGGUUUUCCCACCCUGCACUCUCCUGUUAGUUGAUUUGGGGGGGAAAACGCGGUUGUCAAAGUCACCAAAAUUUUAGUCCGGUACCAUGAUUAGUCGUCAAAUACCAAUAGUAAUGUCUUAGCCUAAAAUAAGUUGAUCAAUGAAGUAAAGGGUACCCAACACAUCCAUUUUAUAUCACUUGUCUAUUUACCUUUUCCUUACAUUGUGCAGUCCUAUUGUAUAGUGUACAUCAUUAAUUGGUUAUUUUUAACAUGAUGUUUAUUUUCAUGUCAAAGGUAGAGUUUUUGUUCUAUGUUAGAUUUUGUCAUAGCAUAAGCAUGGUGAUACUUUGAGGGUGUGAUAUAUUGUUUUUUACAUGUUUUGAGAUGUUUAUGUUGGUUUUGAUUGAGGCUAUUGUCCAAAAUUGCUUCUCUUGUGCAAGUUGGCAGCAUUGUUGGUUGUUCGAUGUGAUGUUGAUAUUUGCUUUUCUUUAACACAACAUUUUGGCUCUAUGUUGGCUGUUGUAAUAUCCCUUGUCUGGUCUGAUGUAAAUUCUUGAUGUUUAUAGCUCAAGGAAUAUUAUCAAACAAUUCACAUACAAACUUUUAGCCUGCUGGUCUGAGUCAUCGGUCGGAUAACUUUGUGUGUUAUUGACACCAAGACACAUAAAUGCUUUGCAAAAGAUUUCUAUGAUAUCUAACAUUACAAACUCAAUGCAUAAUGAUUCUUUUGAUAUUUUCAAUGCAUUUUAUGAAUUUCAAAUGACAAAUGUGCAUUUAUUGCCAAGAGACAUUUCUACAAACACUUGGCAUAAAACUGAUAUCAUUAUAGACAUAAUACUAAAUAGGGACCUGCAACUUAUUUUUAAUUAAAUAUACGACAAAAUGUGACUCCAAACUGACUCCCUAUUGAAUGCAAUUGUUUAUACAAACUCAGAUUUGAAUUAUAUAUAUAUAUCUGCUCAAAUCAUAUCAUCUACAGCAACAUUACUGACCCCAAAUUGACAUGGAAACUAAGACAAGAACCUGUUAUAUGAUCGCUCCAAAUGGUAGCUGAAGAAGCAAGCAAUAUCUGGAAGAUGGAGUCUUUCUUGAGACCAAAUCGUGGCUUUUCCCAAAAUCGCCCCUGUUUCUGAAGUGCCUCAGUCCUCAAUUAAAUAACAGCAGCUGCCACGAUCUCCUUUCCACACUAAAGACCAUCAAUUUCUCCUCAAGAUGGGAGCGCUUCAGUCAGAAGGUAAAAUCAAUGCACCAUUUGGCCCUUAUGAGCAAAAAUUGUGGUAUUUCCUAGGCUGAUGGUAAUAUGAAAGAUGUCUGAGAUUAAACUCAGAAAUAAGCAGAUGCUAACAGGUCCUUGAAAAGAAUCAAUGAAAUCCUCAAGCAUUCACAAUGUCUCCAUCAACUUCUUAAAAUCGAACUUAAGCAAAUUGGCCUUGGGCCAUGGAUAAGGCACCAAUGAGAUGACUGAAUUAUCACCUCCCAAAUGCAACCCUUCAAGAGAUGUUUCACUUCCUCAGUUAUGCUAUCUAUGGGAGUUAUUGUUCCCAAAGACAAGUAGAUCAACUGCAGAAACCUUAGGCUCCACAACUCAAUAACACAAUAUAGAUGUCAAGUAAUCGAUGCUAAACAAUGAGACUCAUCCCCUAUUUAUUCUUUUUUCUCACAUGGAUCAGCCUCCCUUCUAGAAGAUUCCCUUUUAUAAAAUAACAUUUAAUUGCACUUUCGAUAAUAUUAAAAUAUCUUUAGGAUAUAAAGUGCAAUUAGCAACAUAUGUGACAUCAUACGUGAGAACACAUUAUCUCACCAAAAAUCAUAUAAAAAUAGAAUGUGAAGCCACAAGCAACUGCCCAAACGACCCUCUCAUAAACUCCUUGGCCUAUGAGGGUCGAAUAAUAGGCCAAACUCCACGAAUGUCUGCGCACUAGUGUGAAGGGGACAUUACAGCUGUUCAAGUUUGGUGUUGGCAUUUGAGGUGGGUAGGUGUAUGGGCAUGUUCUAAAUGUGGCAUGGUUAGUUGGGUGUGUUGUAGCACAUGGAGUGUUGUAGGGUGUUGCAUGCUUGUCUCAAGGAGCUUGUAGUGAAGAAUCAUGCAAUUGGGGCAUUUGUGGAAGAGUUCAGUUUGCAGAGUAGUGAGGGCAAUGGUAGAGUUGGGGGAUAUUGUGAAACGACCCCUUCCUAUUCCACCUUACAUUUUCGAUUCUCACCUAUUGACAUUUUGUCAAACAGUUUGUGUGCAAAGUCUGAUUUUUGCUUUCUGAGUUCUGAUUUAUGGGUUGAGUGUUUAUGUUUUGAUGUCAAAUGUUGAUAGGAGCAUACAAAGUGAAAGUACAAUAUUGCAUUAACAUUAACAACAACUUAUUUCAAUGACAAACCAGGACAUAACUUCAAGUCAGGUCUGAGUACAUACAUUUGCAGGUAUGAUUUAAACAUUUCAGACUGAAAUAUCAUAAAGGAGUUACAUUACACGAUCAACAUUAAAUCUGAGUCACUUCAUCACAUACCCGGAUGGAUUGUGGUCUUUAUAUUGACCGAUGAGGCUUGUAGAAGGUGGAUUAAUGUGAGGCUUGUAGAAGGUGGAUUAAUGUCUGCAGCUGGAGGUUGUAAUAUUCCUGGAGAUUACUGUUAAUUCUCAAAUCAUGAAGAAGAAUGCACAGUAAUACUUCUAGCAUCGAUACUAGGCAUGAAGCACUUGAUGGCGGCUUAUAUGAGCUCCUUCUAAACUCCACAUCCUUGUUGAAGAAAGGUUGAACAAAAUUUGGCUUCCAAGAUCAAAGAGGAGGAGUUGAAGACUGAUUUUAGAAGCUUCAACAAGUGUUGCAACAUCAUUUUCAUACAUUUUCAAGCUUCCAUUGCUUGCAAGAGGAACUAGAAUGACAUCUACAUCUUCCUCCAUUGGCAAUGAACAAAUAAUUGCAAAACAAAGAAAUGAUCCAAAUUCUCCCUUAUGGAAAUAUGUGGACAUUAUAAAACAACUUCCGGGAGGUGGGGGAUUCCGUUGGAAAUGCCAUGGAUGUGAUAUUGAAUGUAAUAGUUCAUAUUAUCGGGUGGUAGGCCAUUUGUGUGGAAUAAAAAGAAGAGGCAUCAAAAAAUGCCCUGGAAAAAAUGGUAAACCUAUACCAAAUGAGACAAUGAUGAAAUAUAUUAGGGAGCAUGAGGCGGUAGAAGAGAGGGAAGCCCGUAGAUUGAACCAAACCGCAUCAAAGAAAACAAAGGGAAUGCAAGGCCCUUCUAAUCCCAGUAUUGUAGUAGAAGACCACCCCUUCUUUGCCACAAAUGAACCUCAAAGUGAACCACCCUUGACACGUAAAAGAACAAAGGGGCCUUUAGAAACCGCAUUCCAAAAUGAGAGUAGAGACAAUGCUGAUCAAGAUAUAGUAAGGUGCAUUUAUGCAAAUGGGUUGUCAUUCAAUGUUGUUCGCUCCCCAUAUUGGAAGCAAAUGAUAAAAAGUGUUAAUGAGGCACCAAGAGGGUAUAAGGGCCUCGGUUAUGAGAAGGUUUGUGGAACAUUAUUGGAGAAAGAGGUGAAGAGGGUUGAAGAUGCAUUGAAACCCAUAAGGGAUUCAUGGGUUGAGACAGGUGUAACAAUUGUUUCAGAUGGGUGGAAAGAUGCUAAAAACUGUCUCUUGAUCAAUGUCAUAGCGGUGUCCCCUAAAGGGGCAAUGUUUUUGAGAGCUGUGGAUUGUGAGGGCCAAAUAAAAGAUGGCCAAUUUAUUGCAGAAAUUCUCAUCUCUGCCAUUGAGUCUGUGGGACCCUGCAAUGUUGUCCAAGUCAUAACGGACAAUGCAAAAAAUUGUAGAGCUGCUGGUUUGUUGGUUGAGCAACACUAUGAUCACAUCUUUUGGACACCUUGUGCGGUACAUUCACUCAAUCUUAUGCUACAAAGGAUUGGGCAAAAAAUAAAAUGGAUCAGAGAUGUGUAUGCAGAGGCUGAGGACAUCCAGAUGUUCAUCACAAACCACUACAUGUCUCAAGGGAUUUUUAGAACCUAUUCUAAUUUGGAGCUAUUGAAGGUUGCUGAGACCUAUUUUGCAUCAAACACAAUCGUCUUAAGACGACUUGUGAAAGUUAGAGUGGCACUAUGCAAUAUGGUGAUCAACACCAAUUGGACUGUAUGGAAGCAAAGUAGCACUGAGAGGGCAGAAAAAAUUAGGGAUAGAAUAUUGAAUGAGAAAUGGUGGGAUCUUGUUACAUAUCUCCUAAGUAUCACUGAGCCCAUCAUGAGCAUGAUUCGCUAUACAGACAUGGAUAGGCCUUGCAUAGGUGAGAUUUAUGAUGGCAUUGAUUCAAUGCUUGAAAAAAUAAAGGUCACUAUAAAUGAAAAAGAGAAUGAUCCUCAGGAGAAAUUCUUCAAAGAACUGGAAGUAAUUAUUGUAGAGAGGUGGAAUAAGAUGACCACUCCUUUGCACCUUCUUGCCUAUGCCUUGACACCUAAGUACUAUAGUAAUCAGUUUCUUGAUAAACCAGGAAGGAUUCCACCAUGGAGAGAUCUAGAAGUAUCUGAUGGGUACAAGGCAGCAUUUCUUAGACUAUAUCCUGAUGAUGAUUUGCGAGAUGUUGUUACAAAUGAGUUCAUAGAAUUCGCAAAUGGGAAUGGUCUAAGUGUUGGUGCACUUCGUCAUAGAUCCAAGAAAGAUGCUCAUAGCUGGUGGUACUUCCAUGGCACAUGCUUCCAACACCUACAACCCCUCGCUAUAAAAGUUUUAUCACAAGUUGCUAGUUCAUCUGCUUCAGAAAGAAAUUGGAGCACAUACUCUUUCAUCCACUCAGUAAAGCGCAAUAGGCUGCUAUCAAAAAGAGCGGAGAAUUUAGUAUAUGUGCAUUCCAACCUACAUCUUCUUUCACACAAACAACAUAACUACACACAAGGGGAAACAAAGAUGUGGGAUAUGGAGCCAGAGCUUACUGAUUUGGAUGCUCCUGCUUCUCAGCUUCUUGCAUUGACACUUGAUGACUCGGAAAUUGAGCCAACUUAUAGUGCAAGUGCAAGUGGCAUUGGCUCAUGUAAUGUCAAUGUCAAUGAGGAGGAGGAGGAGGAUGAAGAAUUAGAUGAUCCAUUUGAUGAUUAAACUUUAAGUUUAUAUUGUUGAAAGUUGAAAUAAUGAUACUUGAAUAUUUUGUCAUUUUGAUAUUAAACUUGAUGUAUA